AUGAAGGGGGAUCAGCUGAAUACCGUGGAGUUGGCCGAUUCGAUUGAGGCCUGUUACACGGGCGGAGUGGUGCAAUGGAGUGCUGAUGGGAGCACAUUCUUCUCGGCUUGUGGCAAUUAUAUCAAAACAAUGAAUGUGGACGAUGGCAAACAGAGUUAUACGAUUGGGAGUGAGGACGAAGACGGACUGCGUGUAUCGGCGUUCGUGCUAUCUCAGGACGAUGAGGCCAGCAUUGUUGUGGCUUACACCAAUGGCCUUUUGCGAAAUUACAGACUGCCAGUAUCGCCGAGUACCAGUCCGGAUAUAUUGCGCCAAUGGAAAUCCACUCAUAAGGCGCCUGUAUUGGUGAUGCGAUUCGAAAACUGCCUGUUAGCCACUGGCUCGGCCGAUUUUUAUGUCAAG